GCGGCGACGGGCGCGCAGCUCCGCCGCACAGCAGGCGCGGCCAUGGCGCACAUCACCCUCAACCAGUACCUGCAGCAGGUCUACGAAGCAAUUGAUACCAGAGAUGGGGCGUCUUGUGCAGAGCUGGUGUCCUUCAAGCACCCUCAUGUUGCCAACCCACGGCUUCAGUUAGCGUCUCCAGAAGAGAAGUGUCAGCAGGUUUUGGAACCUCCUUAUGAUGAAAUGUUUGCAGCUCAUUUAAGGUGCACGUACGCAGUGGGCAACCACGACUUCAUUGAGGCCUACAAGUGCCAGACUGUCAUCGUGCAAUCAUUCCUACGGGCAUUUCAGGCCCACAAAGAAGAAAACUGGGCUCUGCCUGUCAUGUACGCCGUGGCCCUUGACCUCCGAAUAUUUGCCAAUAACGCGGAUCAGCAGCUGGCAAAGAAGGGCCGGGGCAGAGUCGGGGACAUGCUGGAGAAGGCGGCCGAGCUGCUCAUGGGUUGCUUCCGCGUCUGCGCCAGCGACACCCGCGCUGGCAUAGAGGAUUCUAAGAAGUGGGGCAUGCUCUUCCUGGUGAACCAGUUAUUCAAGAUUUAUUUUAAGAUCAACAAGCUCCACUUGUGUAAGCCGCUCAUCAGAGCCAUCGACAGCUCCAACCUGAAAGACGAUUACAGCACUGCCCAGAGGGUGACCUACAGGUACUACGUGGGGCGGAAGGCCAUGUUCGACAGCGACUUCCAGCAAGCCGAGGAGUACCUGUCCUUCGCCUUCCAGCACUGCCACCGCUCCAGCCAGAGGAACAAGCGCCUGGUGCUCAUCUACCUGCUGCCCGUGAAGAUGCUCCUGGGUCACAUGCCGACCAUCGAGCUUCUGAAGCGGUAUCAUCUCAUGCAGUUUGCUGAAGUGACCAAAGCUGUGAGCGAAGGCAACCUCCUGCUGCUGAACGAGGCCCUGGCCAAGCACGAGGCCUUCUUCAUCCGCUGCGGCAUCUUCCUCAUCCUCGAGAAGCUGAAGAUCAUCACCUGCAGGAAUCUCUUUAAGAAAGUGUACUUGUUACUCAGGACACACCAGUUGUCCCUGGAUGCUUUCCUGGUCGCGCUGAGGUUCAUGCAGGUGGACGACGUGGACAUCGACGAGGUCCAGUGCCUCCUGGCCAACCUCAUCUACAUGGUGUGGUCACAUCAAAGGCUACAUAUCACAUCAGCAUCAGAAGCUGGUGGUCAGCAAGCAGAACCCGUUCCCCCCGCUGUCGACCGUGUGCUGAGCGCGGGCAGCCCUCCGGCUCCUGCCGAGAACCGCGGCGUCUCUGGGCUUGUGUCCCGGGAGCGGAGACCGGGUUGGCCAGCCCUCGGGGGACCUCAGCCUCCGUCACCGCAGCCGCGCUAGCCACCCAACCAGAGCGGGAGCCCCGUUGUCGGCUCGCCUGUGGCUGAGGCUGCACAGGGAGGGACAUGGUCUCCAGGGCCACUGGCUUGCUUCUCGUGUGGGUCCUGAAGCUGUCUCUGUAACACUUUCUGUAAAGGAGCCGUCCCAGUCCUAUGCGGAUGGCAGACCCUGUACCCAGGCUUCUGGGAUAUGUGUUUUAUGUUUAUUCUGAGUGUCUGUGUGAUCAAAAUGCUUCGUUAACUUAA